AUGUCUUUUUCAUCUUUAUCGUCUCUUUCUCAAAAUUGUGUUAAUUUUGUUACUUAUAAUUUUAAUCGUCAAGAUUUUGAUCAAUUAAUUCAAAUGUAUUUUGAAGAUGAAACAACUUGUCCUUUUACUUAUAUUAAAAAAACUAGAUUUGGUUAUUAUAAACCGUCAACUGAUGAAAAAAAGAAUAAAAUAAAUGGUAUAAAAGGUUUUCUAAAGAUUGACAAAAUACAUUUUGAACCAGUUGGAAGUGAGCCUGACUCUAUACGCUACUGUAAAAAAACUUUUAAUAAAUAUUCUAUUCAUAAUCGAAAAGAAGUUGAAUAUGAUAAUGUAAAUAGUGCACUUUGGAAUGUUGUUCUCAACGUACAUUGGCUAGAUAUGAUGAAAAUUCGGGGCCAUAUAAAUAUUCGAUUCAAGAAAAUAAAAGAAAAGAAUCAAUUUCAAGAACAACUAUUGAAAGAUGCGCAAGAAUAUAUGGAUGAUAUUCUUGUAAAAAAAAUAUCAAAAGAAGAAGCGAUUGUUAAAUAUGCUGAGAAAAAUCCACAAUGGAUCACUCAGAAUCCAAAUAAUAUUGCUAUUAUUUGUGAUGCUC